AUGAGUCCCCGAAUCCUCCUCUUCUCCAUCGCCGCCCUGACCGUCUCCGCGGCGCCGGCAACUAACAAUGUUGCCGCUCCCCAGGGAGGCCCUGGCUUCAGAGGCGGCGGCUUCGGAGGUGGCGGUUUCGGCGGCAAUCCUUCCAACCACUUUGGCGGCGGGAAUGGCGGUUUCGGCCCUGGUUUCGGUUUCGGCAAUUACCCACCUGGUUUCGGCGUUGGCUUCCCGGGCGGCGGCUUCGGGUACGGCCACUGGUGGAAACGUGCGGCUAAACCCCAGGCAGGCGGCGGCGGGCAUGGCGGUGGUGCCGCUGAUGACGGCCCCCACGGCGCGAGCUGUCCAGUUGCGUACCCUGUGCUUCAACCCAGGACCCCGGCGUAUCCGUACUCGGUCACCAUUUCUGAGAAUAGCCCGCUGGAUGUGGGCUUCAUGAUGCCGGCUGCGGCUGGUGGUCGCGAUGACGACGACGAUGACGGUGCUGGUUUCGGUGUCGGGGAGGGAGGAGCUGGAGGCGGUCAGGGUGUGAUAACCCGCGGCGUCGAGCCUCGAGUCGCCCAUGGCUCUGGUCACGACGCUGGCAAGGACGACGGAAAGGACGGUGGUAAAGACAAGGGCAAAGACUCCGGCAAGGACAAGGACUCCGGCAAGGACAAGGACUCCGGCAAGGACAAGGACUCCGGCAAAGACAAGGACUCCGGCAAAGACAAGGAUCUCAGCAAGGGCAAGGACGCCGGCAAGGGCAAGGACUCCGGCAAGGACAAGGACGCCGGCAAGGACAAGGGCAAAGACUCGGGCAAAGACAAGGACUCGGGCAAAGACAAGGACUCGGGCAAAGACAAGGACGCUGGCAAAGACAAGGACGCUGGCAAAGACAAGGACGCUGGCAAAGACAAGGGCAAAGACUCCGGGAAGGACAAGGACGGCGGCAAAGGCAAGGACGCUGGCAAGGGCACCCACUCCAAGGGCGUCGGCCAGAAGAAGGGGGCGGCACAUGCUUCGCGCUGCACCCUGAUGCUCGACAUGACCAACCCCCAUAUGCAAGUUCGGGGUUGCGCCAGGGUCAAUGUCUAUGCCCUGGACGGUCCGGAUGCUGGCAUGCUGGUCGGCUCGGCACGAGUCACCAAGGGCGCCGUCAAGACCAUCAGCACCUCAGCCUGCCGGCCCGAGAUGUGCUACCGGUUGACCGUCGCUGACGAUUAUGAGGCCGGUGGACACGGCUUCUCAGACGACCUGGUUUCUGCCCAUAAGGAAGGCAAGGGCGCUGACAAGGGCAAGGACGGCGACAAGGGCAAGGACGGUGACAAGGGCAAGGACGGUGACAAGGGCAAGGACGGUGACAAGGGCAAGGACGGUGACAAGGGCAAGGACGGCAAGGGCAAAGACGGCAAGGACAAGGACGGCAAGGACAAGGACGGCAAGGACAAGGACGGCAAGGACAAGGACGGUGAUAAGGGGAAGGACGGUCACAAAGGCAAGGGUGGUGACAAAGGCAAGGACGAUGGCAAGGGUGAGGGCAAGGGCAAAGAUGGCGACAAGGGCAAAGAUGGUGACAAGGGCAAAGACAGCGACAAGGGUAAGGACGGCGACAAGGGCAAGGACGACAAGGGCAAGGACGACGGCAAGGGAAAGGGUGACGACAAGGCCAAGGGCAAAGGUGCUGACAAGGGCGCCGUUGAAGGCAAGGGGGCUUCUGGUCAUGGCGGCUCUGACGGCCAUGCCCCACGGGGUGUGGAGUUCACUCAGGGCAAUGUGGCUGGUAUGGGCUUGGUCAUGAAGUACGGGUGCUGA